AUGGGUUUGAUAAGGAAUAAAGGAAGUGAGAUAGUACCGGGUUUCAACCCACCACCCACUCGCCAUCCACCCACCACCGAGUCUCCGGGCACCAACGAUUCUCCGGCCACCACCGAGUCUCCGGCCACCACCGAGUCUCCGGCCACCACCGAUUCUCCGGCCACCACCGAGUCUCCAACCACCCACCUGCCACCCACUGACCACCCACCUGCAACCGGCCUUAACACCACCUCCACCGCCGACCGUAACGCCACAGCCACCCACUCGCCAUCCACCCACCACCCACCUGCAACCGGCCUUAACACCACCUCCACCGUCGCCCCUAGCACCACAACCACCCACCACCUACCUACAACCAAACCCACCACAACCACCCGCUAUAACCACCUGCCAUAUCCACCCUCAAAAGUCAGAUCGUGUGAUAGAGAGAGUGUUUGUGAGAGAGAAAGUUUAAAGAGAGAGAAAAUAGGAAGAUCUGUUUCAGUUUCUGAGAGAUAA